ACCGAAAUUAUGUAUUUAAAAAUUUCGAUUACAUGAUAAUUAAAAUGAUCAAUAAAUUAAAGUACUGAAUGUAGUUAAUAGACAACUGUACAAUUUAAUUUAAUUAUAAAUUCAAAUAAAUAAAAUUGGUUACUGUGCAAAUUAAAUUUUAUUUUUAUUUUUGUUGAUCAUAUUUUUUGGUUAUAUGUAUGUUUAUUUGCUGUACUAUAAUACUGUGUACUUUAAUGAAAGUUAGUUUAAUUAGGUAGUAAAAAAUUUUAUUUUAAAUUAAAUGAUAGCUGUCAUUAAUUUUAAAAAAUUCAAACAUGUGGUCAACAAUCACAAGGACACUGAGAACUGCAAUCGAACCGACUCAUUUGUCAAAAUUUGAGUUCCACAAAUCAGCAUGUAGACUCGUAGAGUCUGUGGUCCUGAGGGAGAGCAUAAGCAUUAAGAAAUCCAAAGGUUUCAGUGAAGAUGAGGAAUCAUUGAUUGUCGCAACGAUAAAUAAGUGCACAGAGACAGAUUUUAAUAAGUAUGAUAUUAAAAAAUCUGAAUUAAAAAGACUUAUGGCCUACAAAGAGAAGCAUGGAAAAUUUAAGACGUUCAAUGACAUACUUGUCAUCCAAGAUGUGCCUUCGUUGGUGAGAUUAUGCAGGUCAAUAUUGGACGGUGGUAAAAGAAAAGUGAUAAUUAAAUCAACUGGACCUUCUAAAUGCACGACUAUGCCCGCAAUAGAUAAAAUUACUAAACAAAGUAUCAACACCAUCGUGGGAAUACGAAUCUGGGGAAACAUGAUAAGUUGGGCAGUACUAGAUGAUAAAAAAUUGAUUCAGUGGGAAUGCCAGACAUAUGAAAGUCCACCGAAGUCAAAUUUGGUUCCUUUGAUUAAUAUGAUUAUUAGUAUAAUAGAUAGAAUACCAAAUGCAGAUGCUUAUGUCAUGGAAGCUGAACCCUAUGCAAUGAUAAGCAAAUUAAAAGCUGGUGCUUAUCAGUAUCAUGUGCAGCGCCAGCAAGUCAUUGCAACCGUUGUCAGCAUCUUGGGCAUGCGGCGACUAUUGAAUGCCAGCAAUGACAGCACUGCUACUGAUAACGGAAAAAUAAAUAAUUUUUACACGCUAGCACCUCUGUCUUCAGCCAAACGGUUCAACUUGAUUGUCGCUAACGACAUAAUGUCCUCGGAAUCUCUUAUCCAAGAUAUUUUGGAAGGCAACGUGCAUAGUAAAAGUUCGGACUUUCCUCAAAUUACAGUCAAUGCAAAUGUGAUAAUUGGUUACAAAUCGUACGACUACAAGUAUAGGGAGCAGCUUCAUUCAGCUUUGCUGAUUACUUUUGCUUUUGCUGACAUAAUUUACGACGAUGCUGAGACCCAAGCCAAACAAGAUUAAAAACUGAAAUCCUGUAAAUAAUUUUUGUAAUUAAUUAAAUAAAUAUUAAUUAUAAGGUAAUUAAAUAAAUUUAUAAAAUACAGAUCCAG